AAGAGUAUACUUUCACAAGAUAAAGGAUGAGGGUAACCCGCAGGUUUCGAAUUUUGUCAAAUAACUUUAAUUUUUUUUUCAUUCUUGUUCGAAGCAUCGUACAGUAACAAUGAAUUUCUCGAUCUUUGUGCUUUUAACUCUCGGUAUUAUUUGUACCAGAGCAUAUCAUAAAGUUAGUGCAACGACAGAACGUUCGAAAAUAAUUCACAGAUCGUUACGAGCAACCGCUACGAAUAGCGACAACGUACAAAUACCCGAGAAAAAAAUCUCUUUGACAGAUAUUCUAUACUCGAAACAGAAUUCGACUAAAUUAGAAGGAUUCGAAAGAAAUAUGAAGACAGAAGUUGACUCUUCGAAUAGAAAAUCGAAAAUAUUAAGAAGUUUGGCUUUCCUAGCCGGUUUAAAUGUCGCCAAUUUGACGAACGCAGCGUCGACCGACGUAAAAACUUAUGCUAAGCUUCCAUCGUUGAAUGUCGAUACGUCUCGAAUAUCAUCUCCUGUUGCUGCGAUCUAUAAUCCUUAUCCUUACGUCUCAUAUCCUUAUAUAUUUGCCACUCCUGUAGGAUUUUAUCCUUUAUUGGAUUUAUUAAGAUUACAAUCGAUUAAUGGAUUACAAAACGCCGUUCAACCGAGUUCGUUAAAUCUGUUGGACAACAAAGUGAUCGAUCAAUUGAAGGACGAAUAUGGGGAGGAGGCACAAAAAAUUGAAAAUAUCAAAACGUCAAACAGCAUCGACAAAAAUACUGAUAUCCAAGUGGAGGAGGAUCAGAACGAAGAAGGCAAGUUUCCUAUUUCAAACUUGUUAUGUAACACGCAGAAAGAAGUUAACGCGAAGCAGAGUAACGCGUUGAAAAAUAUCGUCAAAGAUAAUUCUUCAAUAAUAGGACUACGAGCCGCGAACACAACAACAAGUAACACAACGUCUGGAAAUAUGACUCAUACCGACAAUUCGACUCAAACAACUCCACACUUUUAUUAUGGCGGAUAUCCACAAGACAUAUACCAUAUCGAUUUCACUACGAAAACGUACGACUAUUCUAAUUAUCACGCUUACGAGCAUAUCAAUUAUGAUUUGCCCUCGUACAACAAACCCGUAAACUUUUAUCCGGAUGAAACAUACAAUAAUUAUUAUCCUGUCGAUCCUUAUCAAUUUCAUCAACAAAUUCCCGAAUACCAUUCGAACGACUUCAAAAGAUUUUUGUAUACUCCUGACAACGUACCACCAUUCGCCAACAAUGAUUUCAAACCUAUAGUGUAGUAAUACAUCUUGUAGUGUCGCUGUAACGUGCAAUGUAAAAUGUAUC